AUGUCCUCUAGCUUUGUAAGCCUGACCCCGCUCAUAAAAACAGAGACUGGUGUGUACUGCCAUAUGCUGGAGAUAGACAAUACAAAAAUUCUAGUGAACUGUGGGGCGCCAUACGCCAUGGACAUGUCUAUGUACACUCCCGUUCUGCCGCAAAUCCUCUCCUGCGAUGCUAUUCUCUUGACAAGCUUCAACAUCAACUGCAUCGGGGGCUUGCCUUACGUUCUUCGGAACAACUACUACAACAAGGUAUUCUCAUCUGUCCCCAUUAAGGUUCUUGGGAAGAUAUGUCUAGACGAGCAUCUGAGGGGAAUGGGCCUGGAGUCCUCAGUAGAUACCGGGUGCUUUGAAAGAAUAUCAGAGAUAAAGUACUCGCAGCCAACGGCCGUCAACAACGUUGAGAUAUGUGCAUAUAACUCCGGGAAUUCCAUCGGAGGAUGUUUGUACAAAAUCAGCAAGGGGCCUGAGAGAAUCAUUGUCGGGUUUAACGUGAACCACCGAAAAGAAAACCACCUUGAUGGGAUGAGCUUUUCUGGAAUAGGAGACUGCAGUCUGUGUGUGUUUAAUGGAAACCACGUCUUGGCAGAGAACAUCUCGAUUGCAAAGCGAGACGAUGUAUUCAGAGAUAUGGUUGGAGGCGCCCUUGAUUCUGGAAGAAAGGUGGUUCUACCUGUCAAAUAUUCGAGGUUCUUGGAGGUUGCUCUGAUUCUCAACGGCUUGAUGGCUCAAAGAAACGGAAAGAUUGCAUGCCUGUCGUACUUUGGGCAGAGAUUUGUCGAAAGGGCAAAGUCAAUGAUUGAAUGGGCCGGGGAAAAGGUCUCCUCCAUGUUUUCCGAAGAGAAGGUCAAUCCAUUUGAAUUUGAGAGGAUUGAGUUCAUGAAGUACUACCAGGAUGUUUCUAGAUUUGAUGUUGUAGUUGUUGUUGAUGAAUGUGUUCAUGGAGCGAUGCUUACAACUACUCUCCACGAGUUCAAUGAUGAGGACAAUGUUAUUCUUCUUAUUGAUCCCAGGAUGGACGAAAUACUUAGGAGGGAGUCUGGAGCGAUGAAGUGGUACAACUUCAGAUUGGUGGAAAAAGCGAGUGAGAAGAAAGGAAUGGAUGGAGACGAGGUGUUGGAAGAUAGUGUAGGCGAUGGAUCUGAUGUUGAGGGGGUUGAGACACACUGGUCCGAGGUAAGACAUGAGAUAUGGUGUGAGGAUGAAGAUGAAGUCUUUCCAUCGGUGGCAAGGAGAAGAGCAUAUGACGACUAUGGGGAGUACAUGGACAGAUCUUUGUUUGUAAAGGAGAUUCUUCCUGUAGAGGAGGUAUCUGAAGAAGAGAUUGAGGAAGAGACAACGAUAGAGGAAAGAGAGGUUGGAGGAGAAGGGAUUACCCUGAGAUACAGGGUUGAAAAGGUUGAUCUGGUAGGGAUUUCGGACCUGAGUUCUUGCAAGAUGAUAAUAGAGACAUUGUCUCCUCGGAAGCUUGUGUGCGUUGGAGAGGAUGGAGACACGGAGCGUUUCUUCUACCAUACAUUUAAAUACCUACCAUGCUUUGAGGAUGUAUACAUGUGCAGAAGUAAAAUAAUUCUGUCGUCUGAUGUUUCGAUGGGGAUGGUGAAGCUGGACAAAGGCUUUGAUGCUCUCAACUACCGAGCAAUAGGAACCGAUUCUGUGGCGAGCUUCAGGGGAGUUAGGGACGGGGAUAUGGUGAGGUGCAUUGGAGAAGGGCCCAGGAUGGUUAUAGGACAUGCCGACAUCAACGAGAUGCGAAGGAUGAUCGUCGAGGGGAGCAUGAGGGUUGAACAGGAAGAGAAUGGACUCCUGGUCGAGGACUGUGUAUGGAUCAGGGUGAGUGGAGACGGGGUGACGAUAGAUGGAAGAGACUCUGGGGUGUUCUAUGCCGUACGCGAUGUUGUGUACAGAAGCUCGGCCUUUAUAUGA